AGAGCCGGAAUUCCCAUCACUUAACUGAAGUGUGAUAGAUGGGGUGUGGCUUUUACAGGAAAGUGAAGCUGAGGAAAGUUAAACUGACAGAUGAAAAUAUUGCCCAGUCAGUCCGUCUGCAGAGCACAGAGAGACAUGGCGUCUGCUUUAUACUCCCAAGAUCUGACUUGUCCUAUUUGUCGGACUAUCUUCACAGAUCCAGUGAAUCUUCUCUGCGGACACUCCUUCUGCAGAGAAUGCAUUACAGAUGUUCUGAGUUCACAGCACCGCUGUCCAGAGUGUGACACAGCUGUUCCAACAGAAGGGGAAUGUCUUCUAACCAUCCACAUAUUGAAAAGCCUCGCUGAAAAGGCCAAAGAAGCGGAGCAGGUAAAGAAAGAGAAGGAAAAAGCAGAGGCGGCUGAGUUGUGCCUUGAGCAUGAAGAAAAGCUGAAACUGUUCUGCGUCACAGAUCAGCAGUUAGCUUGUAUCAUAUGCCGAGAUGGGGAGAGGCAUGAAGGACACAAGUUCAAACCAAUCAAAGAAGCAGCUGCAUCUCUGAGACAGGAGUUGGAGAAGGGUAUGGAGAACCUUCAUGGUGAUAUCCUUGAUACAGAGAGCCUAGCCAAUACGCAGAGGGAAGAAAUAACUAAAAACAAAGAGAAGUCUCAGCAGCUGAUGACCCAAAUCUGCAAACAGUUUGAGGAGAUGCACCAGUUUCUGAGAAAGAGAGAAGAUGAGAUAAAGAAUGAGCUGAAACACAAAGAGGAAGAUGCUGCUGAGAAAAUGAGAGAGAGAUUAAAUGCUAUAGAAACAGCUUUGUCUGAGAGCAGAGAGCUGGAGGGAAAGCUGACAUCAGUUCUGGAAAUUGAAGACUCUGCGAGACUCUUAAAGAGCUGGACUGAGUGUAACAGCAGGAUGAGUCCAGAACAUGUAUUCAGGCCCAAAGCAAAUGAUCUCCAAGUGGAGAAUAUCUCUCUCUCUUUGGGGCCUUAUGAAAGCCACCUGCAGUUCUUCAUAUGGAAGGAGAUGCUUCAGGUAAUCCAGCCUCGAGCAGAGCUGCUCUCACUCAAAAGCAACAGUACAGAUAUAACUGUGUCUGAUGAUGGGCUGAGCUUGUUAAGUACUCCCGAAAGCAACCAAGCUCCAUCAGGUUACUUGUCUGGUUUAAGCCUCACCAUAGGAUCAGGCCAAGGCUCAGCCUUUGGUCAGCCUGCCUUUACAGAAUCAGGCAAAGUCCAAAGCUUUGGCUCUGCCACAGUAUCAAGCCUAAGCACACCCUUUGGUCAGAGUGCCUUUACAGAAUCAAGGAAAGCCCAAAGCUUCGGCUCUGGCUUUGGCUCUGGCUUUGGCUCCACCACAGGAUCAGGCCAAGGCACACUCUUUGGUCAGAGAGCCUUUACAAAAUCAGUGAAAGCCCAAAGAUUUGGCUCUGGCCCUUGCUUUGGCUUUGGCUCCACCACAGGAUCAGGCCAAAGCACAGCCUUUGGGAUGAAAAUAUUGCCCAGUCAGUCCGUCUGCAGAGCACAGAGAGACAUGGCGUCUGCUUUAUACUCCCAAGAUCUGACUUGUCCUAUUUGUUGGACUAUCUUCACAGAUCCAGUGACUCUUACCUGCGGACACUCCUUCUGCAGAGAAUGCAUUACAGAUGUUCUGAGUUCACAGCACCGCUGUCCACAGUGUGGGACAGCAGUUCCAACAGAACGUCUUCCGACCAGCCAUAUACUGAAAAGCCUCGCUGAAAAGGCCAAAGAAGCGGAGAAGGUAAAGAAAAGGAAGGAGAAAGCAGAGGCGGCUGAGUUGUGCCUUGAGCAUGAAGAAAAGCUGAAACUGUUCUGCGUCACAGAUCAGCAGUUAGCUUGUAUCAUAUGCCGAGAUGGGGACAGACAUGAAGGACACAAGUUCAAACCAAUCAAAGAAGCAGCUGCAUCUCUGAGACAGGAGUUGGAGAAGGGUAUGAAGAACCUUCAUGGUGAUAUCCUUGCUACGGAGAGCCUGGCCAAUACACAGAGGGAUGAAAUAACUAAAAACAAAGAGAAGUCUCAGCAAAUGAUGACCCAAAUCUUGAGACAGUUUGAGAAGAUGCACCAGUUUCUAAGAAAGAGAGAAGAUGAGAUAAAGAAUGAGCUGAAACACAAAGAGGAAGAUGCUGUUGAGAAAAUGAGAGAGAGAUUAAAUGCUAUAGAAACAGCUUUGUCGGAGAGCAGAGAGCUGGAGGGAAAGCUGACAUCAGUUCUGAAAAUAGAUGACUCUGCGAGACUCUUAAAGAGCUGGACUGAGUGUAACAGCAGGAUGAGUCCAGAACAUGUAUUCAGGCCCAAAGCAAAUGAUCUCAAAGUGGUGAAUACCUCUCUCUCUUUGGGGCCUUAUGAAAGCCACCUGCAGUUCUUCAUAUGGAAGGAGAUGCUUCAGGUAAUCCAGCCUCGAGCAGAGCUGCUCUCACUCAAAAGCAAAAGUACAGAUAUAACUGUGUCUGAUGAUGGGCGGAGCUUGUUUAGUACUCCCGAAAGCAACCAAACUCCAUCAGGUUACUCGUCUGGUUUUGGCUCCUACACAGGAUCAGGCCAAAGCUCAGCCUUUGAUUGGGGUACCUUUACCUCCUCAAGCAAAAACACACGUGUAUUCAGUGUCAAUGAGUUCACUUCAGGGCAACAUUACUGGGAAAUAGAGGUUGGACACCGCGACUACUGGGAACUAGGGAUAAAAGAUAAUUUCCUGAAAUAUGAUGGCAAGAAAUAUGUCACCUGUAGUCGAAAUAAAACCACCAAGCUAGUAUUUGGAGACAGACCUCGAAAGAUUGGGAUUUAUCUAAACUGUGCAUCCAAGAAGCUCUCCUUCUAUGAUGCAGACAACAUGACACGUAUUCACGCUAUGAGCUCUCCUUCCAUGUCCAUGCCACUGUCGGCAUAUUUUAACAUUAGAGUCAGAGCACCAGAUCCAAACCCUCUGACAGUGUGCUGGUACUGAAGUCAAGAUCAAUAUCAUAACAAGUACCAGUUCGGUGUUAUAUUUUCAGCUUUUUAAAGAUACAGUGUGUAGGAUUUAGUAACAUCUAGCGGUGUGGUUACAGAUUGCAACCCUCACUCCUCCCUUUCCAUGACUACUGUAACGUGAGCCGACGAGUGCAAAACUGUGGUUGGCCUCACCCAAAGGCCAUCCAUACCAUAAUAAGACGCCGGCUGGCGGUACCACGGUUUUGAACUCUACGGCUCACUUUACCUCACUUUCACAAGCGUGUCGGAGAACUACGGUGGCCUUCAGGUUACGUA